CUUUCGGGAACCCUUUCCAAUUUCCGUGAUUUGAAGUCUGGCGCGGGGAAUUCUCCAAAAACUGUCGCGCUUGUAUUCAACAUCCUCGGCACGGCAUAUCCUAGGGUUUCAAUUUUCGUCCUCCGUCACUGCACUUUGUUUAAGCAGGAAGCAGUUUCUUUAUGAUGGAUGACAAUGGCACAUCCAGUGAUCAAGUCAUCCAUAGACUUGUUGAAAUGGGUUUUGAGAAUUCCAUAGUCAAAGAGGCUGUAGAAGAGGUUGGUCCAUCUUUUGACGUUGCAGUUGAGUACAUCCUGAAUAGCUCUCACAGGGACAACAGAGAUGUAUCAAGUAGGACUCAAACUUUCAGGAGCAGUCGAAAGAAUUUAGGCAAAAGAUCCUUGCCCUCCCAGCAUUCUGCAGAUCUAAUGCGUCAAUCUAGUAUUUUAGAUCAUUUUCAAUCCGCAGGAGGACAGAAACGAAGCAGAACUAAAGCUGUACCCACUAUUUUGGAUUCUCAAUCUAUGGGGUCACCUUGUCCUGGAGAAGAAUGUACAGAUUCUUCACCUUCUAUGAAUUGCAAUACCAAAACCAUACAAGAAUCAUCACCAAUCCAUUGCCUACAGGAAGAUUUCAAAUCGGAUUGGGAAGAGAAAGUUGGUAUUAUUAUGCAAAAGCAUUUUGGUUAUUCAUCCUUGAAGAAUUUCCAAAAGGAAGCAUUGUCUGCUUGGCUAGCUCACAAAGAUUGCCUUGUACUGGCUGCAACAGGAUCUGGUAAAUCCUUAUGUUUUCAGAUUCCAGCUAUAAUAUCCGGGAAAGUUGUGGUGGUGAUUUCACCACUGAUAAGCUUGAUGCAUGAUCAGUGCUUAAAGCUAUCGAAACAUGGUGUCUCUGCUUGCUUUCUUGGAUCUGGGCAACUUGACAGAAGCUUGGAACACAAAGCAUUGAGAGGCCUGUAUAGCAUAAUAUAUGUUUGUCCAGAGACAGUUCUAAGACUGAUAAAACCACUUCAGACACUUGCAGAAAACCGUGGAAUUGCGUUGUUUGGGAUAGAUGAAGUUCAUUGUGUUUCUAAGUGGGGCCAUGGUUUUCGGCCUGAUUACAGGAAACUGUCUGUCUUGCGAGAGAAUUUCAGUGCUAGCAAUUUGAAAUUCUUAAAAUAUGAUAUUCCCCUGAUGGCACUGACUGCUACUGCAACUGUUCGGGUUCGAGAUGACAUUCUCAUUUCAUUGUGCAUGUCAAAGGAGACAAGGGUUGUCCUCACUUCUUUUUUCCGAUCAAAUCUUCGGUUUUCGGUUAGGCAUAGUAGAACAUCUUCUUCAUCUUCAUAUGAGAAGGACUUCCACCAGCUAAUAGACGUAUAUACUAGGAGGCGUACUGUUCACAAGAAAGAAAAUACGAAUUCAAAAGAAAUGGACAGUCAUGGCGGCAUAGUUAAAGCAGAUGUGUUCCCUCCCUGUGUUUUGGACAACUCUGAAAAUGGUUGUAGUGACAUAGAUGAUGACAACGAUGAUGAUGAUGAAAAUUCAUUGAAACAUAAGGAAUCGACUGCUUCUGAGGGACAAGAAAUGUCAGUUGACUAUUUGGAAAAUGAGAUUGACAUCUUUCAGAGCACUAAUGAUUGGGAUGUUGCCUGUGGUGAAUUUUGUGGAGAAUCUCCAUCUAAGGACAUGGAUAUUUGUGGGUCAUCUGAGCUGAUUGAUCCACCGAAUAAACUAGAAGAAAGACUAAAACUUCUGCAAGAGCCUUUAGAGUGUGGGUCAACCAUCAUAUAUGUUCCCACAAGAAAGGAGACGUUGAGUAUUGCAAAGUAUCUUUGCCGAUUUGGUGUGAAGGCUGCUGCAUACAAUGCGUCGUUGCCAAAAACACAUUUAAGGCGGGUUCACAAGGAAUUUCAUGAAGAUGUGCUGCAGGUGAUUGUAGCGACUGUUGCUUUUGGAAUGGGGAUUGACAAGUUAAAUGUUCGAAGAAUCAUCCACUAUGGCUGGCCACAGAGUUUAGAAGCAUAUUAUCAAGAAGCUGGCCGAGCUGGAAGGGAUGGGAAAUUAGCAGACUGUAUCUUAUAUGCAAACCUAUCAAGAAUACCUUCACUUCUGCCCACUCAAAGAAGUGAAGAUCAGACAAAACAAGCCUACAAGAUGUUAGCUGAUUGCUUCAGAUAUGGAAUGAGCACUUCAGUUUGUAGGGCUAAAAUACUUGUGGAGUACUUUGGAGAGGAUUUUAGUCAUGAGAAGUGUCUCUUGUGCGAUGUAUGUGUAAACGGACCUCCUGAAAUAAAAAAUGUGAAAGAGGAACUGAAUAUUUUGAUGCAGGUCAUUGCUGCUUAUCAUGGAAGGAGUGGUCUCACAGAUGGAUGCUAUGAUGGUGAAGCCUCUAGUGACACAAGAAGACGUCAAUUCAUUGAGAAGCCAAACCUUAGGAUGUUCAUCAGUAAGAUAAGGGAGCAGUCUCAAACGUACUUGGCUACCGAUACGCUAUGGUGGCGAGGUCUGGCUCGAAUUUUGGAAGGCAAAGAGUUCAUCACUGAAGGAGAUGACAAGAUUCAUGUUCAGAUAAAAUAUCCAAAGCCAACAAAACUAGGACUGGAGUUUUUGCAAUUUGAGAAUGAUCAAACAUUUAAUGUUUACCCUGAGGCAGAUAUGCUGCUUUCCUUGAACAAAUCCAGAUCAUAUUCUACUUUUGCUGAUUGGGGAAAGGGCUGGGCUGAUCCUGAUAUUCGCCGUCAGCGCUUAGAGAGGAUGGGAUCGAACCGAAAGCCUCGAAAGCCACGGCAACCAAGAAAUAGACAAUCGAGAAAACGUAAUCAGGAUUUGGGAACUGCUCGGGGUAGAAUACAAGCUAAACUUCUAAAACAGAAGCAAUAAAUUAUGGUGAUGAAAUUAGUUAUGGUCUGCUAGUCUCUUCACGUUUUGGUUUCGAUAACCACCAGAAGCUCCAUGGAUUAUGGCCGAAUCGUUUACGCCAUAAUCGGCUUCUCUGCAUCAUUCUUCUUGUGCUUGCCAAAUCUAAAGAGAUGGCAUAGACAACGAGUCACAAAAGAUAAACUGAGGAUUGUAAGCCAAGCAUUGGAACAAGCUGAGGAAAGAUUGGUAAGGUUUCAAGAAAGGCAUGAUCGCAUACUCAGCAUAAUAUGCUCAUUUUAUUUGUCUAGCCAGGACCUCGAAGAUGCCUUGGUCGGUGCUCGGGCUGCCAUGAAUGAAGCAUUGGAGUUUUCUGUUAGCUUGAGAAGGAUUCAGAUGAAGAUCAUCAGCUCUUACCCAGAUGAUGUUGAUUGAUAUCCCCACGUUGGAUUAGAAAGCUAUAUGGAAACCCAAAUAGGCCAAGAAACAGUCAGUGGAUUCCUUUUUGAAUCAUUUACAGGUUAGAAACAAAGAUCGCAAAAUAUUUGUUGAUCCGGUAAUUAAAUGUAUUUUUUUUAGGGUUCCAGUUUUCUCUAUUAAUUUUUCUGCUAGUCUCCA